AUGAGGAUGCGUUCUACUCUCUCUAUCACGGCCAUUAAGGCACCAACCAUCUUAGUGCUUCUCGGGGUCUGCCGAGUAGCUCUGGGAACUAUCACGACGGUCAUUUUACCUAGGGAGACACAACCCUCGGAAGCUAUUGCUUCGGUUGGCCAGGCAGGCGACUUCGUAUUUACCGUGGUUAAUUCUCACACGGCGGCUGUUUCUACACUGCACCAAGAAGGCGCCGGCAGCCCGACAGCAACUAAAGGAUAUAACCAGGCGAACACUAUCGCUCCAGGAGAGACUAUUACGUUUGCCGUCCCAACGGGGUGGUUUGGGCGAAUGGCUAUGUAUGAAAAUGAUUUUGGUGUCAUAGACCGAGCCACAUUGUUGGAAGGGUCCUUUUUCAUGAAUUCUGGUCAUGCAAUUAUGGCGAUGGAUGUCAGCUAUGUUGACGCUUUCACUGUCCCGAUGGUCUGCGAAUGCGAUGAUAAAGUACAAUUCGGCUGCAAUCUUAACUUGCAAGAGAUAUGCCCGAAAAACCUGCAGCUGAAUGGGAAGACAUGUGCGAAUCCAUAUAGAGAUGAUCCUGAGCAUCCACCUGGUCCCGAGAACAUUUUUCAGGAUUGUCGAGGCAUGGCCUACACAUAUCCUACAGAUGACAAUGCUACCAAGGCCUCACCCUGGGCAGGUAAAGUGUCCUACGAAGGAUGGCUAUGCACAAGAAUGCGCUAA